UCACGAAACGCUGCACUUGAAUGUGAAAAUGGAGCUUCCCGCCGCGGGAGAGCACGUCUUUGCAGUGGAGAGCAUCGAGAAGAAGCGUAGCCGGAAGGGAAGGGUUGAGUAUCUGGUCAAGUGGCGUGGAUGGUCCCCAAAGUACAAUACAUGGGAACCGGAAGAAAACAUUCUGGACCCAAGGCUACUUGAUGCUUUUGAAGACAGGGAACGUCAAGAGCAGCUGAUGGGUUAUCGCAAGAGAGGACCAAAGCCCAAGCACUUUCUGGUUCAGGUCCCUUCUUUUGCUCGGAGAUCCAGUCUACUCGCCGGCCGUCAUGAGUCUUCCCUGCAAGAAGACGGCUGUCACGACACCAGUUCCGUUCCAAUGCUGCGUCCCCAGAGCCGGCAGUGUCAGCUGAACGGCGAGAAACAUCAUCAGUUCCAGCCCAUGAGCCGAGAAUGUGAGACCGAGCAGCGUGCCAACGGCACCAAGUUCUACUAUCAGCUCAACACCAAGAAGCACCACCACUACCAGCCGGCUCUCCAGAUGCACGAGUCUGCGUUUGCGAAGCCAAGAGAGGUCAACGCCAGAGAGUUGCCCAUCAAGGGAUACAAUCUCCCCCCUGUGCUGCAGCAAAAAUGGUUCCGGGACAAGACUUCAGGCGUCCUGACCAAAGUAAAGGACAUCACCAUGGAGUUGAAAAAGCUCCCGGCCGACCUCAAUGGCCACAAAGAACAAGAGGAGGCAAAGCCGAAAGACCCCGCCUCGGCGCAGCACGACGGCGGCGUCAGUGGCAGUAAACUCAAAAUUGUGAAAAACAAAAACAAGAACGGACGGAUUGUUAUCGUCAUGAGCAAAUACAUGGAAAGUGGAACGGAGGACGCAAAGGUUACAAAUGCCGAAUCCCAGUCGGCGGAGGCGGACGACGCAGAAAAGCACCUCGAGAAGAUGAAGCUGGUCAAACAUCUCGGCCUCGUCAACGGAUUUGCAAAGAAACCCAAAGCCGACUCGGGAUUCACGGGAGAUUCGACCCAAAAAAGCAAACAGUCCGCCCAAACCAAACUUGCCGUGACAGAACAGGAUCGACAUUUUGAGGUCAGGGGUCAGUGUCCGCUUGCAGCCCAUCAGCCUUUACAAUUGACACCCAAGCCUAAUCUGGCCUCUUCGCCUCUGGACACCGGCGUUCCCGUGUUCACUGACAAAAAAACAACCCAGGAUGAAUUUCAAGGAUUAAAGCGACACCAUUCUGACAUUGACAAUGAGGAGCACGGAAGGAACAAGAGGUUGUUCAUCUCCCACCACACGCUCUCCCCACCCACCCAAAGCAUUCGCACGGACCAAAAUGGCCUCCGGGGUCCCUUUUCAUUGCAGCACUGUGACUAUGCUGAUCGUGAUCAUGCUCAAGAGGAGCCUAUUGACUUGAGCGUUGUUAAAUCCAGGCCUCGUGUCGCUGCUUCCGCUGGGAGCCAGCCAGAACGACACACACAGGAUGGAACGCAGACAGACUCGCAAGUGAAAGAGCAAACUGAAAGUCAGCCCCAGGCUGAAACCGAAAACAUUGCGAUUGUGGACACGGGAAAAGCGGAGACGGCGUUUCCAUCUUUCCAGCCGUUCCUCGGGAAUAUAGUCAUCACGGAUAUUACGACAAACUGCCUCACAGUUACCUUCAAGGAGUACGUUACGGUGUAACUGUAUAAAGGUACAGGAGACGUAUUUGUAUUUUCAGAGGCUAGAAUGUGCAAACGGAACCGGUUCCUAUGUCAUUUUGUAUAGCUCGGAAGGAAAAAGCAUCGGAAUUCUUUGCUCGGUUUGCUUAUUUCCUGCAUGACAUGUCAUAUGUCGUGACUUUAUCACAUGGAAUUUCAAACUUAGUUCAGAAAUUUAAAAGACGUAGAAUUAACUGAGGGCGGCCCGGUGGUCCAGUGGUUAGCACGUCGGCUUCACAGUGCAGAGGUACCGGGUUCGAUUCCAGCUCCGGCCUCCCUGUGUGGAGUUUGCAUGUUCUCCCCGGGCCUGCGUGGGUUUUCUCCGGGUGCUCCGGUUUCCUCCCACAUUCCAAAAAUAUGCAUGGCAGGCUGAUUGAACACUCUGAAUUGUCCCUAGUUGUGAGUGUGAGUGCGAAUGGUUGUUUGUUUCUGUGUGCCCUGCGAUUGGCUGGCAACCGAUUCAGGGUGUCCCCCGCCUACUGCCCGGAGACGGCUGGGAUGGGCUCCAGCACCCCCCGUGACCCUAGUGAGGAUCAAGCGGUAUGGAAGAUGAAUGAAUGAAUGAAAAAAGAAUUAACUGAAAAUGCACUUACAUUCUUAUUAAUGUUUUGGGGUUUUUUGUGCUCGCUACAGUCUACAUUCAAACUCUUGUAAAGAAUAUAGGAAUUAUAGAAAUGAUUGUAUGGAAGAAAAUUAUAUUGAAACAUGGUAACAACGCUGCAUGCGCGGGUGUGCGCGUGCGUGUGCAAAAAGUGUGUGUACAGAGACGGAUACAAGCUGUGUGGAUACUUGUUUAAAAUUUAAUAAGGAUAGCACCUUUUGUCAAUAAAUGUCAAUCGUAUUUUUGAGAAUCUGAACGUGUUCAAUGAAACGUUAUUAAUGUUGCUCAUGUUUUGAUUUGUCCCUGCUUCCGUUGUCUGAUAGUGUGCCUCGGACCACUGGUUAAGUCUCAGUGCAAGCAUUCAUUUAAUUUAUGUUUUGCAGGACUGCAGUGGGAAUUCUUCAUGCGAAUGAUAUCGCAAAUAUGUGCUAGUGGAACUGUGUUAGUCUAUCCGAUUCGUACCACCAGCUGGGCAGGCUAUCAGUUGACUCUCCACUCUCUGUGUGGCCCACACAUCUGCGCGGCGGCUUUAGCAUGUGUUUCGUAAGCACAUAUCUAACCCUUAUCGAAUAACUUUGAGAACACACGGUGUAAUAACAAAAGAUGAUACACGCAUUUAACAGAGAGAGGUCCUCUUGUGUCUUAAAUCCUGUUGUUCGAUGCCUCUCAUUUUCUAGGGGCAUGUUUUCACAAGAAUUAACCAUUCCAGCACAUGUGAUUUGUAAAGUGUGCAGUGAUGCACUUUUCAUGUUUUGUGGGCAGACGAAGUGAAUGCUUCCUUUACAGUUUUGCAAGAAUAAAAUUAUUUGCAAGUUCAA